AUGUUCUACAGGUACACUGAUUUUGGUAGCGGUAUAUCUCAUAGACCGAUCGAAGAUUUGGCAUACUCAGUUGCAAGAUUCAUACAAAAUCGCGGCUCCUUUGUUAACUACUACAUGUAUCAUGGAGGGACUAAUUUUGGUCGAACAUCGAGUGGUCUUUUCAUUGCAACAAGCUAUGAUUAUGAUGCUCCUAUUGACGAAUAUGGACUUGUGAAUGAACCAAAAUGGGGACAUUUGAGAGACUUGCAUAAGGCAAUAAAACAGUGUGAGCCAGCUUUGAUUGCUGUGGAUCCUACGGUCACAUAUUUCGGGAAAAACCUCGAGGCACAUGUGUACUACAUAAGUAGUAGUGUUUGUGUUGCAUUUCUUGCAAAUUAUGACACGAAAUCGGCUGCAACGGUUACGUUUGGAAAUAGCCAUCAUGACCUUCCACCUUGGUCUGUCAGCAUUCUUCCUGAUUGCAAAACCGAAGUUUUCAACACUGCAAAGGUUGGUGUGCAAAGCAUCAUAAAAACGAUGACUCCGACAAACAUUACAUUUGAUUGGCAAUCAUAUACCGAAGAUCCCGCCUUCUCUAGUGAAGACGAUUCUGUCACAGCAGAAGCACUUUGGGAGCAGAUCAACGUUACUCGCGAUUCUUCAGAUUAUUUGUGGUAUUUGACAGAUGUCAACAUUAGUCCUAAUGAAAGUUUUAUAAAGAACGGUCUGUCUCCUAUUCUGACCGCAAACUCAGCAGGUCAUGUUCUACAUGUUUUUGUUAAUGGACAACUUUCAGGAACUGUAUAUGGAGGAUUGGAUAAUCCUAAGUUAACAUUUAGUGAAAGUGUGAACCUAAAAGUUGGCAAUAACAAGAUUUCUUUACUUAGUGUUGCCGUCGGUCUUCCGAACGUUGGCUUGCACUUUGAAACAUGGAAUGUUGGAGUGUUAGGACCUGUAACAUUGAAGGGUCUAAACGAAGGGACUCGCGACUUGUCGUGGCAGAAAUGGUCUUACAAGGUUGGACUAAAAGGCGAAUCAUUGAGCCUUCAUACCAUAACUGGAAGUUCCUCUGUUGAGUGGACACAAGGAUCAUCAUUGGCUAAAAAACAACCUUUGACUUGGUACAAGACAACGUUUAACGCGCCGAGUGGCAAUGAUCCGUUGGCUCUAGAUAUGAGUAGCACCCGCGACCGUCAACUUAGGUUUAAUCUUAAGUAGAUCGGAUACCGUGACGGAGUACGUUCUUCGGAUCCUCAAUUCAUGAUAGAGCUCA